GUCCUAGGUUCUCUGCCCACUGCUGUGCUGACAGGGCUUUUAAUUCUGUUCUUGUCUAGCACUUGUUCUGUCUAGCAAGCUAGGGACCCGUGGCCGCUUUGUCCCCCUCUUGGCCCCAGAAGCCAUCUAGUCUUCUGCAUUUUUCCAGCCCUCGAUUUUGUCCCUAAAAAAUUGUUUAAUUGACGUCUUUUGUUUUUAGUUAUUUCCUGAAUCUCCUUUUCCCUCCCCUCACCCCCCACUUUAUCUAUCUUGCCUUCCCCGUUAAACCCUCCUGAAUCGGUUUCCCGUCUGUAAAAUGAAGGAGUUCGGCUAGAUAGUUUCUGAGGUCCCUUCCAGCACUAGAUCUAUGAUUCUGGGAUCCUUUGAACUCUUCUCUGGCCUAGUUAUCCAUCUUACUGUGCUCUUUCCCUCCCACCUCCUAGACUAUUGUACACUUUCAAUGUUCAUUCAUAGAGCCUCCAUCCCUAAAACUCCUAGAAUUUUCCUGCUGCGAUGCUGUGGGUAGCUGUUUAUUUCCCAUCUCAUAUCCCCAGCGUUAUUUGGAACAGUGUAUCUGUUACUCUGCACUAUCACGGUGAUGCUGUGUUGGGUAAACUAGGAACUAAAAUGGAGAAGCAAAUGUUGGAAAAUGUUCGAUUAGAAGACAUACUUCAUUUUCUUGAGAGAGAAGGAAUUGAUUCCCUUGCUAGUACAGAAGAUCAGCUUUGUUAUGUCUGGCGUUUAUUCCAGCAUAGUGAGAAUAGGCUGAGAACUGCUUCUGGAGACUUGGAAGAGCUCAGAGUAAAACACAUGGAAGAAAUGAAAGAAGUGGAAAAUUAUGUGAAUCAUGUCCGCCAAUUAACAGAAGAAAGAGAAGCCUUAACUCAUGAUUUUGAAAAAGAGAGUGAGCGACUUCAACUUGAAUUUAAAGAAUUGCAGCUCCAACAGGAGAUCGAACUAAAGGAGAUUGAAGAAAUGUUGGAUCAGGAAGGCUUAUCAGAAAUAGCUCAGAGCAGUCCCAGUGAACAAAUUGCAUAUUUAUUGGUAGAGAGAACAACACUGUUGGAGAAGCUAGAACUGGCUGAUCCCAAGUUAAAUUCAUAUAAUCUUGUGGGUAAUGGCCUUCAAGGAGUUCAUCUUAAGGAUGAAUUUGAACAAAUCCAUACAUUGGAAGAUGAAUUUCAGAAACAACAGGAAUUCUUGCAUUGGCCUAAAGAAACUCUGAAUAAGCCCCCUAAUGAAGAACUGGAAAAAGAAAAAAAUAUACAAGGGAAACUCAAGAGUAAUGUGGAGGAAGAAGCUGAUAGAAGGUUAAGGGAAGCCCAUGAAGAGAUCUGCAGACUCACUGAAAAACUAGAUGCCAAGGAAAAAGAACACAAUAAACUUGAACUUGCUUUGAGUUCAGCCCAACUAGAAAUUAAAGUGCUAAAAGAAAAUUUUAAUACACUUAAAGAAAAUGAAUUAACCGACCUACAGGAAGCAAAGCAACACAAUCACAAACUGGACAGAAACAUUCUGGCGUUAAGAAAUCAUGUCCAGAAAGAUUCAGAAAUAAAAAUGUGUGUGGAAUUGGAUAAAAAGAAAGAAAUCGUGUCCGAAGACAACCAUGAAGCAGAAAGAAGUGAAAAAAGUGAUGAGAUAUUCCAUAAAAGAUGUAAAAAAAUGAUUGAAGACCAAAAAUUCAAGUUUACAGACCUUCUUCACAAGUUCCAGAAACUUGAGCAUGAACAUGAACAUUUAGUAGAACGGAAUGAAGAACUAGAACUUCUUUUGGGAGAGACUCAAAAUCAAACCAAGGAAGAGAGAAAACAUUUUGAAUAUCAUGUUGAAAAACUUCAAAGGAAAAUCUCCAGCUUAGAGACUGAGUUAUCCAAAAUACAAGAAAGCAAAAGAGAAACCGUUAUGAAAAGUCAAGAUACUGUUACAAAAGCAGAAGACUUCCAAGAGAUAUUGAUAAUGAACCAAGAAGAAAUUGAAGUACUUGAAAGUCAGUUAUCAGAAGAAAAAGCAUGGAGAAAAGAAUUGGCAUUUGAACUUAAAAAGGCACAGAAAGUUUUGCAGGCUGACAGUCAGGAAUUAGAAAGAUCAAAGUCAGAGCUUUUGUAUCUUUUUAAUGAAAUUCAAAAUCUUCAAGGGAAAAGAGAAGACAAACAUUUUUUUUUUACAGCAUAUGAAAUACUACAAAGAGAGAAUGCUUUUUUAGAAACAAAGGUCUUGAAGGUUUCACAACAAUGUGAGCACUUAAAACAGUUAGCUAUGGGGGUAAAAGCUGCAGAUGCUAAUGAAAUGACAAAGCCAGGAGUGUCUAAAGAUCAUACACUUGAAGAACCAAGUCAGAGCCUGAGGGGAGAAAACCAGCAACCAUGUCCUGAAUUAGCAGAAAGUAGCAGACAGAUGGACAUGCUAAAGGAACCAAUGAAGGGGGACACUUAUCCAAAAGAGAUGGAAAGGGAAGAACAUCCUCAACAGGAACAAGAUGUAAAUACUGAGAGGCAGCAAUUUAAUAGCAAGUCUGAGGAGGAAAAGCUUAGAGAAGAGUUGAACCAGCUGAGUAAACACUUUCUCCAUUCUCCCAGUUCUGGAGAUAGUUCAGAUGACAGUAGCAAACAGAGUUCAAUAGAUAAAAGACUGAGAUACCAGCAUCAAGGAGAAGAGAUGCAGAAGCUUCAACAGAACUUGCAAAGAGUCCAGACUCUGUGUAGCUCAGCUGAAAGAGAACUUCAGUUUGAACGGACAAAAAGCUUUGAUUUAAAGCAGCAUAACAACUUACUUCAGGAAGAGAACAUUAAGAUCAAAGCUGAAUUGAAGCAGGCCCAGAAGAAACUAUUAGAUAGCACAAAAAUGUGUUCUUCUAUCACAGCAAAUUGGGAAAGCAGUCAACAGAAAGUAAGAGACCUGGAACAAGAAAUACUUAAACAAUCCAAAAAUAUUCAAUCACAGAACAGUUUAUAUGAAAAACUUGCUCAAGAGAAAACCAGAGUGGCUCAUGCAGAGAAAAUGGUCUUGGAACUCCAGAAGAAAUUAGAAGUUGCAAAUGAAUCCUGUACAGAAGCUUGUAUUUUAGAUAAAAAGCAACUUGAAGAAGCGAUAAAAGAAGCAAGAAAAAAUGAGACCAAACUAAAAAUGCAGUAUCAGGAAGAACAACAGAAAAGGAAACUGCUAGAUCAAAGUAUAGACGAACUACAACAACACAUACAAUAUUUACAUGCUAAAGAGGCUCUUAUGGAACAGUCUAAUUCUAAGCAACAAUUUAAGAUUCAACAACAAGAGGUCCAACUUCAAAUAUUAGAAGAUGAAAAAAAACUAUCUGAUGAGCAAGUUAAAAACAAUCAGGAACUGACGGAGAAGAUAUCUGUGUUACAACAAGAGAAGGAUUCUUUAAGAGAAGAAUAUAGACAAUUUUUGAAUCAGCUUGAUGUCCAUAUGAGAAAUUAUAAUGAGAAACACAAUCACCAUAAAGCCAAGCUUCGAAAAGCCAAGGAACGUUUGACAAAUGAAGUGGAACAGCGAGAUGAAAGGAUUAAACAACUAGAAAAUGAAAUUGAGGAGAUGCAGAGACUAAUGGAAAAGGAGAAAGAGUUCCAGGACCAAGUCACCACACAAAAUGAGAAUCUACUCAUUGAGAAGAGGCGACUUUUAGAGAGACUAACAGAACAAGAUGAAACUAUACAAGGCAAUAAAUGGAUGAUCUCUUCAGUCCAGAACAGAGUUCUUUUCCUGGAUGAAGAAAACAAGCUACUGCAGGAAAAUAGCCUUCGGCUUACCCAGCAGGUUGGCUUCCUAGAGCAAAUCCUCAAGACUAUCCAGCUUCGAAGGGGAGAGGAGACGACAAUAAGUGAGCUGUCUGAGAAUGAACUAUUGAAUAAGAAGUUUACUUUUCCAAACUCAAGUUUUCCAGUAACAGGUAUGACAAAAUCACUUGAAAAUCUUAAAAUGACUGAAGAACAGAAUUCAGAAGAACUAGUUGGAAGCACCAAAUCUUCUCUGUAUUUUUCACAAUCACAUCCUAACAUGAGCAGCCUAAAUGUAGCUGCUCUAGUAGGCAAACUCAGCAGCCAUGACCAAGACCAGAGUCAGAAGGAUGGACCUAAUGAUAUCUAACGAGGGAAUAGAGAAAAAACUCCAGGCAGAAACUUGGAAAAAGAGGCCAAGGAGGAUACAAAAAAGAAGGAAAAAGAGAAGAAGAAGGAACAGAAGAAUAGGCACCACAGGAUACCAACAGAAUUGCUAGAGAUUGCUGAUGAAUUGAUUAAACCAUUUAGAGAAACUGAAA